UUUUAUUGACAUUUGAUUUUAAUUGUUAAAUAAUGUUAACAUCAAUAAUAUAAAUAAUAAUAAUAAUAACGAAAUAAUUGCCGAUCAAUAACACUCAUAUAUAUAAUGAAGAAUGAAUUUUCUUCAUAAAAGCGGAUUUUAUAUGAUUUUUUGAUGAAAUCAAAGUUCAGUUUUUAUUUAUCACCGAUUGGAUGAAUGAACAAAACGUUUUGAAUUUGUGAUAUAAACAACUGAUAUCUGCAUUUAAGAGAUUUCAUACGUUUUUGUUUUUUUUUCUCAUAAAAUUCAUCAUAAAAUCAUUAUUGAUAUUAUUAUUAUUAUUGAAGUGAAAGAGUCUAAAUAUAUAUAUAUGAAAUGAAACCAAACAACAAAAGUCCUGGUAUUUCACAGAGAGGUUACGUAUCGUCCAACGAAAGCGGUUCCAGUAGUAAUGAUAUACAACCGAAACAACUAGCGAACAACUCCAGAAUCAAACAACACUCCCGAGGCCUUAGUCAGGGCUCAUACACCUUCACCACACAGAGCAGCGCACACAACAACGAGUUUUCGGCCGCCAAAACAAUAGUAGGCCACACUUCCAAUAGUUCCACUGAAGAUUAUCUUAACGAUGAUUCCGGUAAAGAGUCGUCGACGACGACAACAGCACACACCACACACUUGGCCAACAACAACAACAAUGGCAGUUCCAGUGGGGCCGAAGCCGGCGGCCCAUCCAAUCAGUCGAAUCUCCAGCAGUUCAGUUCAACUGACGAAUUGGAUUCACUGAUACCCCACUCAUCCGAUGCCACCCAAAGAACUCGUGCCGUUUUAGAGCACUUCCAAUCAAAGAUAAUUCGCACCAAAGAGGCCAUCAAAACUGAACAGAAUUCGCGGGACGAAAAUGUCAACGAAUAUCUUAAGCUGGCGGCCAAUGCCGACAAAAAUCAAUUGCAAAGAAUUAAGAGUGUUUUCGAAAAGAAGAACCAAAAGUCGGCCCAAACUAUCGCACAUUUGCAGAAAAAGUUAGACAAUUAUAGCAAAAAGAUUAAGGAAACUGAAAAAUUUGGUUACCAUCACAAACAGACACGAGAAAUAAUACGUGAUUUUGGACAGGGAUUAAAGGAUGUCGGCGUCAAUAUCAGGGAAGGAGUGACCGGUGUGUCUGGCAGUGUCAUCGGUGGUAUCAAAUCCAGUAUUCAUUCAGCCGGAGAGACUGUUAUGACAAAACCGAAAGAAUUUUUCAAGAAUCGCUUCACGAGCUCUGAAAAUGUUAACUCAUCUGAAAUUAACGAUGAAACAAGUGGUACUUCAACUGUUGACAAUGAAUGCGGAGAUAAUAUACACAAAGUGAUUGUAGUGAAGAAUGGUAUGGGCGGAGCUCAGCCUACGGCAUCAGCAGCAGCUCAGCAUCAUUUAGCACACAGUCAUAGUCAAAGUCAUAGCCAUAGUACUAAAUAUACUACCGAUGAUGACGAUAGUUCCAGUAUCACCAGCGGAUCUGGUCGUGUAGGACAACAAAUUAUUGCGGCCGCCGCUGCCAGUUUGGACAGUUCGUCGAGUCCGCUACGCAAGAAUACCGUACUGCACAGUACCGGUGCUCAUCAGAGUAGUCAUAUACCGGUAGUGACUGCGUCGUCCGAGAGGACAGCUGUUACGCCGACAUCGAUGGCUGAUUUUGAACAAAUUGUGAUUGAGCUUAAAGAACGCCGAGAACAAUGUCGAUGUCUGGCUGAAGAGGUCGAGUCGAUGAAAAGCCAAUUGCAAAACGAGUGUUCAGCCUUUCACCAGUCAUUGCAAGAGGAACGGUAUCGGUUUGAGAGAUUAGAGGAACAGAUGAAUGACUUAAUUGAAUUGCAUCAAAACGAAAUUGAAAAUCUUAAACAAAAUAUGGUCGACAUGGAGGAGAAGGUCCAAUACCAGAGCGAGGAACGGCUCCGGGAUGUACACGAAAUGCUUGAGAGCUGUCAAACAAAGAUCUCACGUAUGGAACACCAACAGCACCAACAUCUACAACAACUCGUUAAUCUCGAUUCACUAGAGAACUCCAAUGCCAGAGCACUGGUAUUAAAGCUCAUAAACGUUGUGCUAACUAUACUUCAGGUUGUCUUAUUAUUGGUGGCAACCAUAGCAAACAUAAUAUCACCGUUUCUACAAACCAGAUUACGAAUCGUGUCUAGCAUUUUACUAUUAAUAGCAAUUAUGUUAGUCUACCAUAACUGGCCAGACUUUGGUUUGUGGACUCGGCAAAAGAUAUCGGAAAAUUGGAUCUAUUUUUCAUCAUCGACUUGAAGAGUCGCCGUCUCCGCCGCCAACCAUAACUAAUUGAUUACUAAAUUUGAUUGAUUUGAUUAGUUUGGGUUUUGUUGUUGUUGUUGUUGAUGACUGCUUGACAAUACUUAACAACAAUCAUUUCAAGACAAUUUGCAUUUAAGCAAUGCUAUCAAAAAACAAAGACACAAACAAACAAACAAAACAAUAGCUAUAUUUUUAUGGAUGACUUUCUGACCAUCGGUUGAAAGUUUUUGAAGUGAUAAUCAAUUUGUGAUAUAUAUAUAUAUAUGUCUAUAUCUAUCUCUCUCUUUUCCACCCCUUUAUAGUACUAUAAUAUAUUGGCUUUCAAAAUGGUAUUAUAUAUAUAUGAAUAUGAUUU